AUGGCAGACCAAAAUAUAGUGGGUUUGCUUCUAGUAUCAAUGCUAGCAAAUAUGGUUUUCACCACCAUGUCUCAACCUCAAAUGCCAACUUUGGCCAUGCCACCAAUUCGCUCUAGAUCACCAGCACCAGCACCAAACACAAUAUCACUGGAACCAAGGAAAGUAUUUAGUCUCGCAUUAUUUUUCCUAGACAUUUUCCGUGAUUCAGCUACUCCAGUAGUACGCCCUUCGCCACCACCACAGCCAUCAUCAUCACCACAACUGCCACCGCCACGAUCAAUACCACCAUCAUCACCAGCAGCGCCACCGCCAACACCACCAUCAUCGCCACUACCCCCACCCCUACUGCCAACGCCACCAUCAUCGCCACUACCGCCACCACCAUCACCACUACCACCACCGUUGACAUCACCGUCACCACCAUUAGGGGUAGCCCGUCCACCACCAGAACCUUUACCCUCUCCCACUCAAUCGCCUGUGUUUGUACCCAGUCCACCAGAGGAAGCCCUUCUUUCACCCCCAAUAGAGACAGCCCGUCCACCGCCAGCGCCUAUACCCAAUGUCAUAACAUCACCUAACUUUGAAUUCCCUCCACCAGAGACUGAAGAUCAACCUCCACCAUUUCAGGUAGACGGCCGUGCCCCACCUCCGCCUACACUGGGUCCCACAUUCUCAAUGUCCCCAGCAUUUCCACCUCCGUCAAGUUCUUCUCCAGAUUUUGACGGUGAUUAUGAAGUCUCCACCCCACCACCACCACAGGAUGUUGAUGAUGAUUAUGAAGUCUCGCCACGGCCUCCAGAUCAGGAGGACACUCUACUACCGCCACCAGUUGAAUAG